AUGGCUUCCGAGGCAUUACUUUUUCUGUUGGUCGGAACGAGAAGUCAUCGGAAAUGUCCCAUUGGAUACUUUUUAGGACAUAAAAUCAGCGCCAAAGACCAGGCAAAAUUAGUAUCGAAGUCAUUGGAAAUGGCAGCAAAGGCUGGACUAAAGGUAUGGUCGGUGACAGCAGAUGGCACAGCAGUCAACCUUAGAACAUUUGAAAUUCUCGGUUGUAGUUUUAAUGGCAGUUACAAUGAGAUGACCACUUCAAUUAUUCAUCCAACUACUGGUGAAGAAGUUUUUAUCAUUCUUGACCCCUGCCACAUGCUUAAACUUGCUCGUAAUGCUUUGGCACACCUUGGGACCAUUGUUGAUGGUGAGGGAAAUGCAAUAAGGUGGCACCACAUUGAGGAACUUCAAAAGUUACAAGAAGUGGAAGGACUGAAUCUCCUUCUCGUAUUUUAA